AUGAUUAUUUUAGUCAUUGAACAUGCAUUAUCAAUUGAUCCUUCACUGUUAUCAUUGGAUGAUAAUUUAUUGGGAAUGGGAAUAAAUGGUCAAAAUAUUUGUACAACUGAUGUGAUGCUGAAAAAGUUCAAUUUUUUCUAUUGGCAAUAUUUAAAUUCUUAUUCACCGAAAUAUGCAAAUUUGGUUCAUGUUCCGGCUGGUAUCGAUAUUCGAACAUGUGGACAUUGUGUACAUUUCAAAUGUUUCCAGCAUUAUAUGAGACAAAACGGAAAUGUUCGUGAUUUCAUUGAUAACUAUAGCUGUUAA